GUACUUCAAGGACAGCAAUGCGGCUAACACCGCGCCGCUGCAUUGCACUGGUUGUAAUGCUGACCAUUUGGCUAGCCAUUGUGUUCUUCUUCGGCGAUAAAAUCAUGAACUACGAAGAUUCUCACAGUCCUGUGGAGUUGCUCUGGUGGUCCAGGGACAUGACAUGGACACACGACGUGGAGCGAAAGUGCGGAAUAAACACUUGCCGCAUCACCAACAAGCGCAGCCGUCUUCCACAGGCCCGGGGCGUCCUAUUUUAUGGGUCCAAUAUGAAGACUGGUGAUUUCCCUGUUCCCCGUGGCAAUCGCCAUGCUUGGGCUCUGCUACAUGAAGAAUCACCCAGAAACGUACCUUUCGCGUCCAAUGAUAAGUUCUUGCGGCACUUUCACUUCACCUCGACGUUCAGCCGCUUUAGCACCUUACCGCUGACUACGCAGUACUUACCCAGUGGCCAGGCGCUUACCUCAAAGGAUUAUUAUGUUUCGUUUGCCGGGAAGUCAAAGUUUGCUUAUCGUCCUUCGCCAUCAGUGGUGUUCCUUCAAAGCGACUGCGACACCAUGACUGGUAGGGAGGAUUACGUGAAGGAGUUGAUGAAACUUAUCAAUAUCGAUUCGUUCGGCAGUUGCCUAAGGAACAAAGAUCUGCCGGAAAGCCUGCAGAAAGAUUACUUGAAUAAUCUCUAUUCACCGGAAUUGCUUCGUUUUUUGUCCGAUUACAAAUUUAUGAUUGCCAUUGAAAAUGCUGCCUGCCCUGAUUAUAUAACCGAAAAGUUUUGGCGACCUUUGAUUAUGGGAGUUAUUCCUAUUUAUUUUGGAUCCCCUACAAUAAAAGAUUGGGAGCCGAAUAAGAAGUCGGCGAUUUAUGUUAACGACUUUCCCAACCCACAGGCGUUGGCACAGUAUAUAACACAAUUAGCGGACAACCAAGAGCUGUAUGAUUCUUAUCGCGAGCACAAACUAAACUUGCAAAACCCCAUCUCAAACAAGAACCUCUUACACAGUCUUAUCACACGUCAAUACCACAUAGGUGAUACGUCUGCGGGAGCAUCACUCUUUGACAAGUUUGAGUGUGCAGUUUGUUACCAUGUGAUUAAUACAGCCAGGAAUGUGAGAGCCAACUUGCGUCAUUACAACUGCCCCCUGGAACCGCUGUUUGUCCAACUGCAGGAUCAAAAAGUGCCACAGAACGUCGCCGACUGGCGAUCCGUGAUGGAGGUAGGCCAGUGCCAGGCUGAGAUAUUAGACGAGUUCAUCCGUCGAAACCGUAGCUUUAAUCAAGUUGAUUUUGAUAAUGAACUUAACCGGAGGGUUGAGGGAAAUCUAUGCUUGCAUUGAUUUGGAUUCCCCUCUGGCUGUUACCUUACAGAUUUUACAAUGUGAUAAUAAAUUUAUGUUAAACUACGACAAUGAGCCAUUUGUGGCGUUCAGAAACUGAAUUAGGACCUCAUUGAGGUCUCUUUUUUUUUAUGAACUUUACUUUUUAAGAAAUCUACCAAAUCGAAUGAUGUAACUAAUAUAAUAUACACCUUGUAUUCGUUAAACGUA